GAGGGGAUAGCUAGCCGAGCACUUUGCAUUGUUGAACCCGGGAAUGGUCACGGCUUCGAGGCCACCAAGAGCCUCUCUCAACGUAAGGCUGAUGCUGACUGUACCGUUUACCUCCGCAGCCUGCGAGGGGGAAUUAGUUUCCGUGGCUGUCCGGUACACGUGUAGAAUUGAUAUCGCUAUGUCGAAAAGGAGAUUGAGUGGCGGAUAAUAGCCAAGUGGGAGAAGUUCUUUGAGCUGAAAAUUGUGG